AUGUAUAUCCCAGUGACCCCAAUACUGAUAGAUAAGUCAGCUAAUAACUUGAAGACCAGAUUCUUCGUCAUCAAGUCCACCAACGAGAUGGAUGUGUACAGCGCCCUCAAGUGGGGUAUCUGGACCUCAACCGAGCUCGGCAACAGGCGUCUGAGCGAGGCCCUCAGGGCUCAUCACGGCUAUGGCAAUGUGCUCUUGUUCUUCUCCGUAAACGGAAGUGGACGCUUCUGUGGUGUUGCUGAAAUGCUCAGCACCCACGACCAGGACACGAUGGUCGGGAUCUGGACCGAGCGCAGGUGGAAGGGGCGGUUCGACAUCCGCUGGCUGUAUGUCAAGGACGUUCCGAUGUCGUUCUUGCGCCAUAUCUUCGUUGCCAACAACGAGGGUAAGAACGUCUCCUGCAGUAGGGAUACUCAGGAACUCUACGGCGAGGUAAGCUCUGUUCUCUUCCAUUCUGUACGACACGUAACUAAAAGAAAUCCUACAGGCCGGUUUCCAGAUGCUGGAAGCCUUCAACACGUUCCGGUCGUCGACUGGGCUCAUCUACGACUCUAA